GAGACCCUUUCCAGGCUGCCAGCCGCCGUGAUUGUGGACGCCAAGGGCCUCUACGACAAACACCAGACGACCGUGUACAACUUCUGGGGCAAAGAAAAGCGGACCGACGCGGAGGCGACGACCCUGAAGGAAGGGACGACAGCCCUGGCGAACUCGCUGACGAAGGGCCACGAGCCAGGUCAGCUGAGGAUGCACUACAGGAGUAGCCACAGGUGGAAGCUAGUCUAUGACGCCAAGUACCAGAGUGCCAGGAAGCGGAAGGAGUGCUACGCGAGACGAGUUCAGAUGCAUCGGGAGGGCUACUCACAGCCUCAUCAGGAGCAGCUCAGCACGAG